AACACGAGCCUAAUAUUUCCGUGUCAAAAAUUCUUCGCAGGUUGGCUCACCACACGACUUCUCGGAUCGAUCCAAAACCAGAGGAUGAUUUGUCACAUCUAAAACAAUAGUAUAUAUAGGAAACAAAUAAAAAAAUAAAAAAAUGAUGGUUGUUCCGCAGCGACCCGUCGCUAAAUCCAACACUUCAGCGCGCAAUCAGCAAGGGAGGCUCUUCAGCGUUGCGUUGAUCGGCAGAGCUGCAGGAAGGCAGAUGAUGUCUCCUUACGUGCUCGCCGCUGCCGGCGUGCUUAUCAUCAUCGUCUUCCUCUGCGUCGUCAAGAACCGCCGGAGCGGCAAGCCGCUCCCGCCGUCGCCCCCGUCGUCGCUGCCGCUGAUCGGCCACCUCCACCUCAUCGGCUCCAUCACGCACCGCUCCCUGCACGGGCUGUACCUCCGCUACGGCGGCGGCGGCGGCCUCCUCCUCCUGCAGCUCGGGCGCCGGCGGACGCUGGUGGUGUCCACGGCCGCGGCCGCUGCGGACCUGUUCAGGAACCACGACCUCGCCUUCGCCUCCCGCCCACGCAGCGUGGCGGCGGACAGGCUGAUGUACGGCUGCAGGAACGUGUCGUUCGCGCCGUACGGCGAGGACUGGCGCCGGGGCAAGAAGGCCGCCGUCGUCCACCUCCUCUCCCCGCGCCGCGUGGCGUCGUUCGCGCCCGUGCGCGCAGCCGAGGCGGCCGCGCUCGUCGCGCGGGCCCGACGCGCCGCCGAGGCCCGGGAGGCCGUGGAGCUGAGGGAGCUCCUGUACGGCUACACCAACGCGGUGGUCACCCGAGCGGCGACCGGCGCCGCGGGGGCGACGGUGGAGAGGCUGAAGCAGCUGAUUGGGAGCACCGCGCCGCUGGUGGCGGGCCUCCAGCCGGAGGACGUGCUGCCGGACGCGCCGGCGAGGUUCGUGAGGUGGGCGACGGGCCUGGACAAGAUGCUCGACGACAGGGCCGAGGCCUGGGAUAGGUUCCUGUCCGAGAUACUGGCCGCGCACCAGGAGAAGGGUGCCGGCAGUGCCGGGGAGGAGGAGGAGGAUGAGGACUUCUUGGACGUCCUGCUUCGGCUGAGGCGGGAAGGCGCCGACGGGCUCGAGUUCACAGAUGAUCGCAUCAAAGCCAUGGUCAAGGACAUGAUCGCCGCCGGGACUGGAAUAUCAUCGGAAACGCUGCAAUGGACCAUGGCAGAGCUCGUCGCCAACCCGCGGGUGAUGGCCAAGCUCCAAGACGAGAUCGCGCGGGCCGCCGCCGCCGCCGCCGAUGAGGCUGCCAUCACGGAAGCGGACCUGAGCAAGAUGGAACUAGAACAGGAGGCGCGGCAAUGCCGCGCCAGCUAAGUUGGGCCAGUGUUCAAUAUUUGUAAGGCCAGUGUUUCUUGAAGAGUGUUAAAUAAUUGUAAGACCACUGUUUUUUGAAGAAAUAGUAGUCUAACAGUAUAGCUGA